UCUCUCUCUAAGUAACGCCCUAAUUACCGGUCUAUCCAUCUCUCUCUGUCGCAUCAAAUCAAUCGCUACCAGUUUCCAUUUUCUACUCCUCUUUUCUUCUUCCUAUCCUUUUCACUACUCUCUCUCUUUCUCUCUAGGGUUUUGAUAACAAUUCCAAUCUUCAACACCACAAACAUACCUUAUUCCUCUCAAUCUCUCUCAUCAUCACCCCUUUCUCUCUCUAGAAAAUGACCACCACUUCUGCUAUGAAGAACAAUUUCUUGCCUCCAGGUCUGGUCUCCAAUCUCCAGGAAGUUCUUCUCAGCAGAAAGGGCACCGACGACGAGCAAUCGAAGAACCCCGAACCCUCUUCUGCCCCUUCGCUUUCCGAUAUUGUUGAACCCAAUUCCGAUUCUGAUAAUUUGAAGCCUAUUGUUUUGGUCACCAAUGGCGAUGGAAUUGACUCCCCUGGCCUUACUUUCCUCGUUGAAGCUUUGGUCCGUGAAGGCCUCUGCAAUGUCCAUGUCUGCGCUCCUGAAUCGGACAAAUCAAUGUCGGGUCAUUCUGUGACGCUUAGAGAAACAGUUGCAGUGACUUCCACCGAGAUCAGUGGGGCUACAGCUUAUGAAGUUUCUGGGACUCCUGUGGAUUGUGUGUCAUUAGCAUUAUCUGGGGCACUAUUUUCUUGGUCAAAGCCUCUGCUGGUAAUAAGUGGAAUCAACAAGGGUUCAAGUUGUGGCCAUCACAUGUUCUACUCAGGUGUUGUAGCUGGAGCUAGAGAGUCAUUGAUGAGUGGUGUACCAUCUAUGUCAAUUUCACUGAACUGGAAGAAGGAUGAAAGUCAAGAUAGUGAUUUCAAGGAUGCUGUGGCUGUCAGUUUACCUUUAAUAAACGCAGCCAUAAGAGAUAUAGAGAAGGGAAUUUUCCCCAAAAGUUGCUUACUGAAUAUUGAAGUUCCAACAUCUCCUCUGCAAAACAAGGGCUUUAAAUUGACCAAGCAAAGUCUGUGGAGAUCCACACCAAGCUGGCUAGCCAUCUCAGCCAACAGGUCUGCAGGGCGUUUCAUGUCCAAUCAGCAAAGCCUUGGCAUGCAGCUUGCUCAGCUCAGUCGAGACGCUUCUGCUGCUGGUGCAGCUCGACGUAUGAUCACGCAGAAAAAAAAUAUUGAGAUUGUUGAGUCAGUUGGAGUUGCAGGAAAAUCUGAUUCUAACCGAACAAUGAAGUACUUUCGAUUGGAGUUUGUGGACAAGGAGCAGGAAGAUGUGGAUGAGGAUCUCGAUUUCAGAGCACUUGAAAAUGGAUUUGUUGCAGUAACUCCACUCUCUGUUUCACCACAUGUAGAAUCUGACACUCAAACAGCUGCUUCAGAAUGGAUUUCUUCUGCACUUCAGGGGGAACAGUGACCAACAUGUUCAGGGAAUUCAUGUACAUUUUGAGAUCUGUUGUUGUUUAAUUAUCUAUUACACAUGCAUGUUGGUUCUGAGUUUAGCUGUCUCUUUCUUUAUUUAUUUUUGUUGUCCUCUUUUCUCGUCUCAGUUCUUUUAUUUUAUUAUUUUUGUUGUGGAGCAAAUGCUUCCACCAUUGAUUUAGGUCUUUGGCAUGUUGUAAAAUGUCCAUCCCCGCUUUUUCUGCAUCGAUGACAAGAUUCUCAGUUUGCUUGUCUGCAUUUUCCAUCUUUUCUCAGUUGGGAGGUCGGUUUUGUGUAGUUUUACUUGUUCCUAUAGUAACUGAAAAUGGUUUAGUCCGAAUCAUUUGAUCCGUAGGUUUGUCGGAAUGGUGUUGUGUUUGGAUUUCUAAUUUUUGAUGGUUGUGAUUUUUAAGAAACAUCAA